UGAUCUUUUGAAAAAUGGACACGAAAGUUGACGUGGAAGACGAAAUUGAUACAAGUAAAUUAGAGUUUCAAGAUUUUCCCCAAGAUAAAGGAAAAGUACAGACUCAUACAUUUACAGAUUUUCCUCACACAGCAGAAUCAGAUGAGGAUGAUGUGUAUGAUAAAUCAGAGCUUCUCAAAGAGGAAAAAACAGAAUCUAAAGUGUCAUUCUGGACAUUUGAGUACUAUCAACAAUUUUUUGAUGUAGAAAGCAAAGAUGUACUGCAGAGAGUAUUGGGAUCUAUGUUUCCACAUCCAAAUAGGAAUUAUCUGAAAACAAAAAUCAGGCCAAAUCCUGAUUUAUAUGGACCAUUCUGGAUCUGUACAACAUUAGUGUUUACCACAGCUAUAGCUGGUAACCUGGCCAAUUAUCUGUCUAUCGGUAGUUCUGCAGAUUAUAACUGGAAAUACGAUUUUCACAAAGUAUCCUUUGCUGCUACAGCUAUAUUUAGCUAUUGGUGGAUUCUCCCUGCAGCUAUUUUUGGAUUUCUGUGGUGGUCAGGAAAUCAGAUUGGAUAUACAUUCCUAGAAAUCUUAUGCGUUUAUGGUUACUCACUUGCAAUAUUUAUUCCUAUAUCAAUAUUAUGGGUUGUACAGUUUAACUGGUUCCAGUGGUUGUUAGUUAUACUAGGAACUGUUUUAUCAGGAGGAGUAUUAGUAUUCAUAUUUUUACCUGCUGUUAGAGAAUCUACAAAGAAGUAUACCUGGGCUUUGAUUGUGAUCAUAUUUUUACUUCAUGCUUCGUUAGCUGUAGGAUUUAAGUUGUACUUUUUCCACAUUCCUCAGCAAACAAGUGCGGAAUUGGUACCUAAUACAACAACUCCACAAAAUAUGAAGAUCCACCCAACAACUUUAACACAGAAACCACUUGCAAAUGAAAUUAAUUCUCCAAUAAGUAAAGAUCCAGACAAUGUACUAGAAAAGAAGCAAGGUGGUGGGAACAAGUUAAAAGAUGCCAUCAAGGGAACAGAAGCUAAGAACAGAAAUCUUGAAGUAAUCAAGCCUACUCCCCAAAAGAGUAGAACAAGUAACACAAAGGCGAAAAGUGUACCACCAGUAAAACGAUCUUCAUCAAAUAAUGGAUAACUUAAUUUAUUCUAUGUUUAUCUAAGUUUAGGGGACAUGUAAAAUGAUCAACAAAUAAUCAUGUGACUGUACAUACAGCUGUAUAUGCCAUUGGUAUGAACCACUUAGAAUUGAUCAUAAGAAAUCCAUAGAAUUUCUGCAUGAAAAAAAGUAAAUGCUGUUUGUAUUUGUAACAAUGUCCUACUCUAGACAUUCCAAGAAAAGAACUUCUAUUUAUUAUAGUAAUGUUACAUGAUGUUAGUACAUGUAUACUCCUUUCUAAAGGACAAUUGUAUUCCCUACCAAGAGGAAGUAGUUUACUAUUUUUUACCCCUUUCUCCCUUAAUUUCUCAAUCACUCUUUUCUGUUGUAUUUUUGGCAACUGCAAAUAAGGGCUUGUUGAUAUCUUACUUACAGUUUACCAGGUACUCAAUAUCUGUGUCUAUUUAACUUUCUGUUUGAU